CUGUUGUGUCCCGAUAUUCCCCAUCCAAUAAGCGUGAAAGUCAAUUUUUUAUUGUGCGUCAAUUGAUGACUUUAAAUUGAAAAUAAAGCUAAUGGAAAUAGUGAAUGAAAGUGCUUACUGUAUGUCAUGAAGGUAAUUAGACAGAUACGGAAAGGAAUUUUGAUGCUGAUGGACUUAAUUUUAAAUGGAUUCCAACAUUCAUUGCUGUGGAUUUGUUUUAAAAAUAUAAUUUAUGAAGCUUUACUUGAUGGUAAUCACAUAGCAAUAGACUCGUGAAUCAAUCAAAUAGGAAAAGUAGAAAAAGC